AUGAAGUUACAGAAGCGUCACAUUAUGUGGUCCCUCAAGGAACUAUACCAGUUAUUUCUAACACAGCACCCCGAAAUAAAGAUACCUCUCAGUAAGUUCUGUUCCCUUAGACCUGUCAAUGUAUUGCUGUCCUCUGCUAUGCCCAGGGAUGCAGGCCUUGGCCAAUACCAUGAGAACAUCAGGAUGCUGUAUGAACGUAUUGCCAAGGAAAUUCAAGCCCUUCCUCCUUACUUUGAAGCAUUAGGUGAUAACUUUGUGUGUGACAACACAAGUGAGUUCUGCACGACAGGGAAAUGUGCAAAAUGCCCCAGUGAGUGGCUACUAGAAAUUUCAGCAGAUGCACCACCGCAUAAAACAAUAAAUUGGUGUCAGUGGGAACGAGUAACACAGACCAUGCCAGGAAAACGAGAAAAAGGUCAGCGACAGGUUACAAAGAUGCUGAAGGUCCUUAAAGAGAGCAGCACUGAGGAGGCUAUAACGUCCCUAAUGAAAAAGAUGCCUCAUUAUUUGCAGCAUGUCUUCGUCCAAAGAAAACAGACCAGAUUUUUGCAGGAAAAGUUCAAAACCUUAAUGCGAAAGAGGCAGUUGUUCAGACUGAUUUUGCAGAGAAUUACACUUGCUUUCAACCGGAUGAAAUUCAAGCAGCCCGCUGGAGUCAAGAACAAGUGACUCUCUUCCCCGUGGUGAUCUGGAGCAAAAGUGAUGAAAACAUGUGUAAUUCCUAUGCCAUUGUCUCUGAUGACCAUAGCCAUGAAAAGAAAUCUGUGGCAGUGUUUAUGGACGAAGUAUUGAGUACCUUUAUCAAAGAAAAAAUCCUGAUGUUCCAGAAGUUCACAUUUUCUCAGACGCACCAUGUUCGCAAUUUAAGAACAAAUAUAUGGUCCAGCUCCUUCACACUUUUCAGAAGAAUCUAGGAGCAAGAAUUUCAUGGCAUUACUUUGCAACCUCACAUGGGAAAGGUGCAGUUGAUGGGGUUGGAGGCACUGUUAAAAGGAUAGUCUGGAGUGCAGUCUCUACAAGAAAAGUGGAAAGUGUGACCAGUGCAAAGUCUUUUGCUGAUGCUGCCCAACAGUUUUGUCAGUCCACCAGCAUAACUCGUAUCACAAGAAAGAAUACUGAAGAGGUGUCCAAAAAGCUUAACUUAAGCUUAACUGGAAAAGGUCUUCCAGGAUGCCAACUCUGUACCAGGAGUAAGCAAGUUUCAUUGCAUGGAGAUAAAUCCCAAGACAAAAUGUGUGAAAUUUCGUCUGUACUCAGCGCAAGGGACACAUGUUAAACAGCUAGUGCAGCCUUUAUGUAGUGAAGAUGAAAGUGAUCCUGACCAACAGAAUNAAAGAAAAAAUCCUGAUGUUCCAGAAGUUCACAUUUUCUCAGACGCACCAUGUUCGCAAUUUAAGAACAAAUAUAUGGUCCAGCUCCUUCACACUUUUCAGAAGAAUCUAGGAGCAAGAAUUUCAUGGCAUUACUUUGCAACCUCACAUGGGAAAGGUGCAGUUGAUGGGGUUGGAGGCACUGUUAAAAGGAUAGUCUGGAGUGCAGUCUCUACAAGAAAAGUGGAAAGUGUGACCAGUGCAAAGUCUUUUGCUGAUGCUGCCCAACAGUUUUGUCAGUCCACCAGCAUAACUCGUAUCACAAGAAAGAAUACUGAAGAGGUGUCCAAAAAGCUUAACUUAAGCUUAACUGGAAAAGGUCUUCCAGGAUGCCAACUCUGUACCAGGAGUAAGCAAGUUUCAUUGCAUGGAGAUAAAUCCCAAGACAAAAUGUGUGAAAUUUCGUCUGUACUCAGCGCAAGGGACACAUGUUAAACAGCUAGUGCAGCCUUUAUGUAGUGAAGAUGAAAGUGAUCCUGACCAACAGAAUGAUGAGAUGUUUAAUGAAGUGCUCAGUGAAGAGAAUGGUGAUGACUAUGAAGGAGACAGUGAUUUUGAUGAGAAAAGUAGUGUUGAUAGCGAUGAUGUUGAUGGUGAUGAUGAUGAUGUCAGUAAUGGUGACAAGAAUAAUGAUGAUGAUUAUGAUUAUGACAGUGGAGACACCACUUCUCCCUACAUAACUAAGCCUCUUAUCGUGAAUGGUCAUUCAAUACAGCCUGGUUUGCCUAAAGAGUUUGUCUCUGUAUUGAAUAACAUUCGUCCCAGUUUUUCAGUUCCAGCACACAACAAUCUCCUUAUAGAGAUGAUUGUUAAUGGCGAUAUUGCUUUUGGUGAAAGUGGCCUUAUUGCCAAGCCUGACCUUGAGGCUCUUUAUGGAAGGGGACCCUCAAGUGUGUCUAAAUGACUACCAAAAUUUGGCAUUGAUGCAUUCUUAAAAUUGGUCAAGUCCUCUGUAAGUGGUUUCAAGAUAGAAGUACUCUCCUGGGAAGAAUUUGAAAGAGGAGUUGGUAACAAGACAGCUGCUGAAGUCACAAAAGGCAAAGGUCCACUCUUGAGCAGGACAUGAUUUUUGUCCCAUGUAACCAACAUUCAUUGCAUUGGUACCUCCUUGCUGUGUUACCAUCCAAGAAGUGCAUUCUAGUACUUGACAGCAAGAGUGGGGACUUUGUUAAACCAACUGCUUUUCAGUCAGUUAAUAAGAUGACGUCAUUUGUGGUUGAUGUUGACAACACUAUUGGUGGUAGCCAGUGGGAGUUUUACUUCAGUAAAGCAAAGGAGAUUCCACAACAGCAUAAUGACUUCGAUUGUGGUGUUUUUUGUAUGCCUGUAUGUCAGAUGUUUAGCGGGUAG